GCAAAGAAGUGGCACAUUAAUGAAGCGCCUCUACAGGGGUCUUUUCUGCUCAUGUCACCACAUAAAACUAUCAGAUGGUUAGAGGAAGGACAUGGAGGCAACUACUUAGCUCAUCGCGGCUGCAGAGAAGCAAACAAGCCUCUGCUACAGUCCAGCUGCCGGUGGUGUAAAAGAAGCUGAUUCAGCCCGCGGAGGAGAAGGGAGGGGUGUACAAGAGGAUUCCCAAAACCAAGCUAGCUCGCUGUCUCCUCGGGACUAAACUGGAGCAGAGUGGCCGGGAAAGGAGCGAGAGACACGCCGGAGGAUCGGGGUGGGAAACAGCCCGGACUCCCAGCUGCGUCCCGGAUGCGGACUGUCAACUUCCAGCAACUUUAAGAUCUCCGCGGGUCCCCUAGCGAAGAUGCCUCGCCCGGGCAGAAACACUUACAGUGAUCAGAAGCCUCCCUACUCCUACAUCUCGCUGACCGCCAUGGCGAUCCAGAGCUCCCCGGAGAAGAUGCUGCCCCUCAGCGAGAUCUACAAGUUCAUCAUGGACCGCUUUCCCUACUACCGGGAGAACACGCAGCGCUGGCAGAACUCCCUCCGCCACAACCUCUCCUUUAACGACUGCUUCAUCAAGAUCCCGCGCCGCCCCGACCAGCCGGGCAAGGGCAGCUUCUGGGCGCUGCACCCCAGCUGCGGGGACAUGUUCGAGAACGGCAGCUUCCUGCGCCGCCGCAAGCGCUUCAAGGUGGUCAAGUCGGACCACCUGGCCCCCAGCAAGCCGGCGGACGCGGCGCAGUACCUCCAGCAGCAGGCGAAGCUGCGGCUCAGCGCCCUGGCGGCCACCGGCACCCACCUGCCCCAGAUGUCCACGUACAACCUCGGCGUGUCCCAGCCCUCCAGCUUCAAGCACCCCUUCGCCAUCGAGAACAUCAUCGCCAGAGAGUACAAGAUGCCCGGGGGCCUCGCCUUUUCCACGAUGCAACCCAUGCCGGCCGCCUACCCCCUCCCCAACCAGUUGACUACGGUGGGCAGCUCCAUUGGCACGGGCUGGCCCCACAUGUACGGCUCCGGCAUGAUCGACACCGCCACCCCCAUCUCCAUGGCCAGCAGCGAGUACGGCGCCUACGGCGUGCCCAUUAAGCCGCUCUGCCACGGGGGACAGACUUUGCCGGCCAUCCCCGUCCCCAUCAAGCCUACGCCCGCCGCGGUGCCGGCGCUGCCCGCCCUGCCCGCGCCCAUCCCCACCAUCCUCUCGAACUCCCCGCCCUCCCUCAGCCCCACGUCCUCGCAGACGGCCACCAGCCAAAGCAGCCCGGCCACCCCCAGCGAGACUCUCACCAGCCCGGCGCCCGCCCUGCACUCCGUGGCGGUGCACUGACCCGGGCCGCCCGCACGGACUCCGCCGCCCCCUUUCUCCCAAAGUUUCCUCGGAGCUCUCCUCCCUCCCCUUCUCUCCAUCCUUCCGCUUCUUUCCUCCCUCCUCUCUUUUCCUCGAAAGCAGAGACAGCUCCCCGCGGGAAGCCGAGGUGUGCCGUUGGCGUGAGCCGCCUUUCCGCCUCGCCCGGUCAGCCCUGCCCUCCCUUCGCGUCCCGGCUUCUCUCCCGCUUCUGAACUUUGUUUUCCGCUCUUCCGAGGCAAAACGAACCGCCCCGGCCCGCCCCCCUCCCCGCCCGGUAGGAACUGCCACACGCAUCGCUAGUUUUCCAAAAGUACUUCAGGCAUCUUCGCUUUGCCGGGGACCGGGCGAGCCCGGCCCGGCGAUGCCUCUUUCCCUUCCUUUGUCUGGGGGAGAGCAGGGGUUUAUACAGGACCGAUCUCUAGAACCACAAACGUUGGGAAAUGGCUGCAGCCUCACUGCACGGGAGCAGCGGCGUUUCCAGCCUCCGAGCGGCAAACGCUUGGAUCUUGGAAACGCCGCAAAGCGCUCGUGUCCUUUGUGUGGGUGCGCGUCUGCCCCUGCGUGUCCCGCUGUCACGCAAAAGGCAGGAUUUCCGCAGGAGGAGGCUCAGCCGGCCGGGGGAAGGAGCGGUGGGCUGGCAGGCAGGGCCCCGCAGGUGCGGGGGGCGGCGGCGGGCGCGCUGAGGAGGCCGGGGGCGCGGGGCGGUGCGGGGCGAGCGGGAGCAGGACGCCGUGCAACGGGAAGGCACCCGCUCACUCACCCCAUACCUAUACUGUUUACAAAGCGCCUGUUUUAAUGUAAAUACUGAGCUGGCAUCUGUACUGUGAAUCAGAUGAGGUCCCCUUCGCAGUACCUGUUGUAACGGGAACGUGUACUGUGGUUUUCAGGUGGAAGAGAAAGAGAAGUUGAUUUGUCUGUUAACUUCUGAUUGACCUGAAGGUUUGGGGAGCUGAAGGUUUCUUUGUUUUAUAAAUUUUGUAGCUAUUUAUUUCAUAGCUUAAAAACAAACAAUAAUAAUAGUAAUUAAAAACACCUGUCACCAAGCACACAACCCGGCACAGCUUAAGAAAAGCUGCUGAAGUCACUGGUAAAAGGUGGAGAAGUAACACAACAGCAGGUACAAACUGUGGAGGUCAUCCUGAUUUCUGCUGGAGCUUUGCAGACAAGAGAGAGGGGGCUAGGGAAACUGUAAAUGUUUGUGCAUAGGAAUGAUUAUAAAAUGUGUAAAAUGCACUUUUGUUUGAUAUACUCCUUUCUAGUUUUAGGUAGUUUGCUGGAAACUGAACUGAUGUUCUGUUGUGAACUGCUUAAGUUAAGAAAAAAAAAAAAAAAGGAAAAAAACCCCCACCCACCCCAUCCCACAAACGGCAUUAGUGUCUAUUGAAACUGUAAAGACAUUUGUUUUAACUUUUUUUUUUUUCUCCUGUACAGAAUAAGCAUGGCAUUUUAAAUAUUGGUGUUCUUGUUCCCAGCAUGUGUGUUUUAAGACAAAGGUUGAAAAAGUGUCAACGUUAAAUUAUGAACCAAGUCGUCCAAAUAAUAUUUUCUCAUUAAAAUAUGUAAAUGCA